UCAGAGCUUUGAUGAUAAUUGUUGUCUAUUCAGAUGCCAUUUCGGGGGUUUGGUUCAAUCUCACAUGCCUGUCGUACUUUACACUUGUAUCUUUGUAAAGUCACUACCGAGUGACUUUAUCGCAGUUUAGUACACUUUAAACCCUUUAGACAUUUAGCGCGUUAGUCUUCUAGCUAAGCUAACAACAACUGGCAGGUGACGCUAGCAGGCUAGGCUAACGGCUAGCGGAUGGUCAGCUGAAGUUUGCUGGUUGUGUUACUGGUGUCUGUUUUUAAAACGUGUCGUUAUGUCUUUGAGCGCCGUUCACGGGACUCUGUCAAGCCUGAAGUCAUGUCAGGCAGACGUCGGGACAGCAAUGGACAUAGUGACAGAUGUGGCGAUGGACCUGGCUGAGGCUCAGGAUGAAGAGAUGAACAGUGGCAUCAAGGAGAUGGAGGCUAUGAUUCUGGACUGUGCCAGGCUCGACAGAGAAAUCAACUGCUUUAUUGAUGUGGUGCAACAAGUUACAGCUGAGGUUGCCUCCCAGCAGCCAGAGGCCAUGAUUGGCCUGUCUGCUAAAGUGAGUGAGAAGUUCACAGAGACAACAGCCAGACUCUCUGAUGCUGAUCUGCACCGUCACCAGAAAGUAUUAGCCUUCAAUGACAGCAUCAAGAAUUCUCUCAACACAGCCAACCAAGAGUCGGCUGAUAACAUGGAGGAGCUUGAUGAGGACAUUGCUGUUACACAGAGCCAAGUCAACUUCACCUGUCCACUCACACAGGUGGAAAUGGAGAACCCAAUGAAGAAUAAGAAUUGUAACCACCAUUAUGAUGAAGCUGCUAUACUGGGCCUGAUCAGAACAAGAAACAACCAGAAAAAGAAAUGCCGUUGUCCUGUGGUGGGCUGUGGAAACACUGAUGUGAAAGCAACAGACCUCAUUCCUGACCAGAGUCUGAGGAGAAAGAUUCAAAGCCAGAAGAGAAACAGCAACCGGACGUAGUGCUCUAAGCAGCUGGGUAAUUUAUUGUAAGACCCAUUCCCCUGUACAGUUCUAUAGUUAGAAUAGUAAUGGAUUUUGGCUAUAUGUAGUUUUUUCCCUACUUUACUGAGUAGUGAACCUAUGUUGGACAAUUUAUGUGAAAAAAUUUUGCAGUCAAUUCUGUAAUUAGGGACAUGGGUACAUGAUGCAGUAAUUUGAAAACACCACAAGAGAGCAGCCUCUGCAUGAGGACACAGGGGUAGAGAGGGUCAGGUGUUUGAUCCUCCAGUCAGUCAAUGAACCCCAAAAUUGGCCCUGAAGAGUGUGCCAGCUGUUCAUAGAUUAUGUGAUGGAGAAGUAAUAUGCAGUAGAGGUGUUGUAUGAAUGUGAAAUGUUGUGAAAAUGGCUUUGGACAAGAAAAGAGCUGUCAAUUUUACCAUCUGUAUAAUCUGGAUUAUAAAUAAAGUAUUAUUAAAUUGUGACCACUACUGGUCACUAAGAAAUCCAGAGUCACUUCAUCACAUCACUAUAUCAAAAACUUUGAAAUCCAUAUCUCUUCAAAAUAAGGUGGCUUCUAUAAAUGGUACCACACAAGGAUCCUGAGAUAAUAGAAAAUCCUCAAAGUUUUCAACGAGCCAUAAACAAAUGAUUCUUUAACAUCUGUGGGAAUGCAUGUGUGUGAUUAAAGCUCUACUUUUUCCUGCUA